AUGGCGGAAAACGGGGGAUAUCAUAAUGGCGGAUCAUUGACUUCUUCAUCUUCCACUUUUGAAUCCUCGCCGGCAAUUUCUUUCAGUCGCUUCUCUUAUACACAAGUCACGACUGAGCGCUAUGCCACUCCCUUGCCGAGUCCUCUCAAGGUCAACCCUUAUGGGCCCCAUUUUCACAAAGCUUCCAAGUUACUACCCAAUCUCACAUAUACGACUUACUCGCUGGAUCGCCACGCAACGGCGACUCAGGACCGCAACCCAUACGGGCAAAGCGCCUACGCUGCUAUGUGGAAGACCUACUCCUACUCUUCCAAUGUGCCAUUCACGACUACAAUGUCUCCUACUCCCAUUCACACAAGCGAAUUGGUUUAUCCACCACGAUUAUAUAACCCCUUUCCCGGCGCAGCGGCCGGAUUGAGUCCUACACGAGAGGGAAAUGCUAGUACCGAGUGUCUUCAGCUCCCUGCAGACUUUAUGUGGGGUCUAGCCGGCAGUGCCUGGCAGACAGAAGGCGGGCUGAUGAGCGAAGGUCGAGGCCCUAGUGUGCUGGAUUUCAUUGGAGCGCUCCCAAACCAGGAUGGACUCAACGACUCAGUGACCGCGAACAUGCACUACUUCAUGUACAAGCAGGACAUCGCGCGCUUGGCGGCAGUAGGGAUUCCAUACUACUCUUUCUCCAUCAGCUGGACACGCGUAAUACCAUUCGGUGUGACCGGAUCACCCGUCAACACAGAGGCUCUAGACCAUUAUGACGACGUUAUUAACACCUGCCUAAAGCAUGGUAUUAUUCCAAUGGUGACGCUGCUGCACGACGACUCACCCACUGGUGUCGAUUAUGACAACGCAACAUCCUUCGGCCCGGCGUUCUUAUACUACGCAAAGAUCGUAGUGGCAAAGUUUGGGGACAGGGUACCGGUAUGGCUGACGUACGGUGAACCCAAUGGCGGCAUCGGUCUAUUUUUCAAGAAAUACGACACCUUCCGCACUCUACUCCUCGUCCACGCUGAGUUCUACCACUGGUAUCGUAAUGUGUAUCAAGGAACAGGCCAGAUCUCAAUCAAGUUUGCAAAUAACCUGGCGACACCCCUUCGUGGGCCGAGCAGUACUGCUGAUGUGUUUGCCUCACUCCGCUACCAGGACUUUCUCUUAGGGAUCAUGGGCAACCCACUAUUCCUGGGCCAGCAAUAUCCAACAAGCGUACUGGAUACCCCCAAGUUGAAUUUAACGCCACUGACAGCCGAUGAGAUAGCGUAUAUCAACGGGACCUGUGACUUCUUUGCAUUGGACCCGUACGUGGCUCAGUUAGCAACAGUCCCACCAAAGGCAAACUCGAGCGACGGAUCCAAUGACCACCAGCGGCUGAGGGACUGUAUCGCCAACCCAAGCAACCCACUAUGGCCUCAGUGCGCAGAAAUUACUAGCAUCCAGCAAGAUAGUUGGCCUAUGGGGUACUUCUCGAAUGCAUAUAGCAAGGUGGCACCUAGCUACGUUCGCCAGCAACUUGGGUACGUGUGGAACACAUUCCAACCGCAGGGCGGAAUCGCCAUCACUGAGUUCGGAUUCAAUCCUGCAUUCGAGGCGCAAACUUCUGGGGAUGCACAGCGUUUUGAUCUCACUCGCUCAUUAUAUCUGCUCGAGUUUCUUGACGAGAUGCUCAAAGCGAUCUAUGAAGACGGUGUGAAAAUGGUUGGUGUCUUCGCCUGGAGUUUGUUCGACAAUAAUGAGUUCGGCUCUUUUGCUCAACAAUACGGCGUGCAGACUGUUAAUCGUACUACUGGAACAUUCGAGCGCAGGUAUAAGAGAAGCAUGUUUGAUUUUGUUGAUUUCUUCCACGAACACGUCGGUUCUUCAGAGUAG